GUUUCGGUCUUGAAGACCGUAUUUGGGCUGACCUCCUUCAGGCAAAACCAACUUGAAGCUAUCAACGCCACGCUGGACGGAAAGGAUGUCUUCGUCCUAAUGCCCACCGGCGGUGGGAAAAGUCUUUGUUAUCAACUUCCCGCAGUCUGUAAGACUGGUAGGACCCAGGGAGUAACAUUUGUCAUAUCACCACUCGUUGCACUUAUCGCCGAUCAAGUGGCAUCCUUGCGAGAGAAGCAUGUUGAUGUUGACUGCAUGUCUUCCCUAAGGACCGUAGACGACUCGCGGGAUGUCAUGCGUCGCCUUCGAAGCCAGCAAAAACCCGACAUUUGCUAUAUCACUCCCGAAAAGCUACGCGAGAGCAAUGCCAUGCAAGAUAUUCUAGCCCAACUGUAUGAAGACAAGCAAAUCGCGCGCUUUGUCAUUGAUGAGGCACAUGUCAUUCAGAGCUGGGGGCGGGAUUUUCGAGAUGCUUAUGCAGAGCUCCAUAUGCUGCGUGAGCGGUACCGUGAUGUGCCCAUCAUGGCACUCACCGCAACCGCGAACAAGACCGCGAUCCAGGAUAUUCGUACACGCUUAGGUUUACGUGACCCCUUAUUCCUGAUGCAGUCUUUCAACCGCCCCAACCUGUACUAUGCAGUACAGCCUAAACCGUCCACGAAAAAGAAGGUGGUUCAAGCCAUUGCUGGUUUCAUCAAGUCACAACAUGCUACCCAUACCGGCAUUGUGUACGGCUUCUCGAAGUUGGAGUGUGAGGAACUUGCUGAGCAACUGCGAAACGAUUAUGGCUUAUCUGCCAAACAUUACCAUGCCGGUAUGGACUCACAAGAGCGCAGCACCACCCAAGAAGAAUGGCAAAGUGGCAGCUGCAAGAUAAUUGUAGCAACGAUCGCGUUUGGGAUGGGAAUCGACAAACCGGAUGUGCGCUUCGUAAUCCACUCAACGUUACCGAAGUCGAUGGAUGGGUAUUACCAGGAAACUGGACGCGCUGGACGCGACGGCGAUCCGGCAGACUGCAUUCUUUAUUAUGCGCACAGGGACGCUGUGUCACGACAUCAGUUGAUCAAUAGCGACCGCAACGAUAAAGGACCGGCUCGGACUCCGGAGGAGAAAAAGCGACAAUUGGAAGAUCUCUCAGCGGUGGCCCAGUAUUGCCGCAACGAGGCUGACUGUCGACGAUCAUUAAUCCUUGCGCAUUUCAACGAGCGUUUUGAUUCCCACCUUUGCCCGAAAGGUUGUGACAAUUGUUCGAGAGGUGGAACAGUUUUUCGCCAGCUGUACACCCUGGAGGCGCAGCAGGCAAUCCGACUAUUCGGAGAGAUGUCAGCCUCCAUGGAUAGGAUCCCCCUCGGACAUUUCAAAGAUGUAUACGCGGGUCGCAACCGGGCGAAGGUUCGUGAGAGUGGGCAUGACCAAUUGUCAUUGUUUGGGGUGGGUAAGGGAGUGGAUGGCGACCGUAUAAUAAGUGCGAUGCUAGGCGCUGAUAUUUUUGCGAUCGCACGAGAGGCCUCUGCGUCUGGCUGGACCAAUGAUUACUUGAAGGUAAUUAAGGCCUAG